GUUGAAGGUUUAUCAGACAUACCAGAACUUCGGUUUCCAGUAUUUAUUGUAUUCCUUUUUAUCUACCUUCUUAUUGUCUUUGGAAAUGCAUGCAUUUUUUGUGUUAUCAGUUGUAAUUCUCAUCUUCAUACUCCAAUGUAUUUCUUUUUGAUGAACCUUUCAGUUAUUGACAUUGCUUAUACAUCUACUAUUUUGCCUAAAUUAUUAAACAUGUUAAUAAACAAAAACAACACAAUUUUAUUUGGGGGAUGCAUAUUUCAAAUGUACUUUUUUUUAGCCAUGGCCUGUGCUGAAGUUCUCCUGCUGGCAGCCAUGGCCUAUGAUCGCUAUGUGGCCAUUUGUCAUCCUCUACAUUAUGUUAUUCUGAUGAAUCUGAGACAAUCUGCUGGCCUUGCAAUCACAGCUUGGACUGUCGGACUUGUAGAUCCCAGUGGCCAUGCUGUCCUAAUAUCUAAACUAUCAUUUUGUGACUCAAACCUUAUUGACCAUUUCUUCUGUGAUGUCAUUCCACUGCUGAAGAUCUCCUGCAGUGACAAUUCUGAGGUGGAACUGAUAAACUACCUAGAAGGGGGUCUUAUAUUAUCUGCUGCCUUUAUGCUUACAUUGGUGUCAUACAUAUUCAUUAUCUCUACAAUUAUGAAGAUAAAAUCAGCAGAAGGUCGACGUAAAGCUUUUUCCACCUGCUCCUCCCAUUUGACCUGUGUUGUUAUAUUUUAUGGGACAAUUAUUUGUUUGUAUAUGAGACCCACUACCAGUUACACCCCAAAAUAUGACAAGUUUAUUGCUCUUCUCUAUGCAGUAUUGGUUCCUGUCUUAAAUCCUGUCAUCUACAGUUUGAAGAACCAGGAAAUUAAAAGUGCAGUUAUAAAAUUAAAAAAUAAACUGGUUUAA